AUUGACACUAAUAUGUAUGUGGUAGUCCAGUUAACUUGAAAACUUUGCUCCGUGAACCGAGAUGGGACCUCCAAACUCCAGGCUACAGAUCCAGCUUUGAGUGGGCUGUGUGUCUCCGCAUGAACGCUUUCAAAGACCCAAAGAUGUGAUCCAGCGACUGUAUGAAAGAACCUUUUUCACUUUUGAUCAGCGUGAUUAGGUGCUAAUCUUCCAAAGCAAGUCGGAUUUCUUAAAUGUCACUGUUCAAGUACUGAUAAUAAUGUUUAGAAAAAAACUAUUUUUCACGUAGUCACGAAGUAUAUCCUCCAUCUUGCCUAUUCUCCUGCCUUGGUUUCCUUUGCUCUGCAUGUGGAGACGCCAUGGCUUAGCUUUCGGUGCUAGCUAGUCCCUCCCAAAAAGCGCUAGCGGGGUUAGCUGUAUGUAUUUGCCUGCCAACGCGCUAGCCGCCAUUUCAUUCUCCGAGGGAGGAGACGAGGAGUGCGACUUUUAACAGUGACGUGGACCCUGCACAAUGGUGAAAAUAUUCAUAGGGAACUUGUCCCCAGACACCACAUCAGAUGAACUUCGCUCUCUCUUCUCCCAGUAUGGAAAGAUUGCAGAAUGCUCAAUUGUCAAGAACUUUGGCUUUGUGCACAUGGAUGACAAAACAGAGGCAGAGGAAGCCAUCCGCAAUCUCCACCAGUAUGAGCUGAAUGGCCAGCCUAUGAACGUGGAAUUAAGUCGUGGCAAGUCAAGGGGAUCCACCAAACUGCACGUUGGCAACAUUGCCUGUACCAACCAGGAGCUGAGGGCCAAGUUUGAAGAGUUUGGCGCUGUGUUGGAGUGUGACAUAGUAAAAAACUAUGCUUUUGUUCACAUGGAGAGAAUGGAGGAUGCCAUGGAAGCCAUUAAUCAGUUAGACAACACAGCUUUUAAAGGUGAACUCUUGGGCUGGGCUUGAUGAUUUAAUUAAAGUCAGAUUAAAGAU